AAUCAUUAGCCUAAUAGUAUACUUGCAGCCUCAAAAGUUUUCGGAUCAAAAUUUUUUAGAAAAAUUUGUAACUUGGUAAAAAUUACAGUUAUCCGUUUGGGGUAAGAUGUCGAGCUAUAGAAGAAUGUUUCGGGCAGAGCGCCUCAUGAAUCUUCUUAAGGCGAACCGUGGAAUGACCAGCACGGGCAGGCAACCAAUCUUCGAUGUGGAGACCAGAAAGGACUUUGAGCAGCGGGUGAUCAACAGCGACCGGCCAGUAGUGGUGGACUUCCAUGCCAGUUGGUGCUGUCCCUGCAAGGCUCUAGCCCCGCGAUUGGAGAACAUUGUGUCCGAGCAGGGCGGUCGGGUGCGUUUGGCCCGCGUUGAUAUCGAUGAGCAUGGAGAGCUGGCCAUGGACUACAACGUGGGUUCCGUCCCAUCCCUGAUGGUCAUCAGCAACGGCAAGGUGGUGAAUCGCAUGGUUGGUCUCCAGACCAGCGAAUACAUCCGCAAGUGGCUCCAUAAAGCAGUGCCUCAUCCGAAGAACUAGAUCAGGAUGUCAAUCGAGUGUGGAAACACGUACUUUGUAGGCGAGCUUAAAGUCUGAUUAAACGGCAACACGUUUUUAAUUAAUUUUCGAUUAAA